UGAGGGUCCUGAGUUAAAGCCCUGGACCCAACACUAUAUAUCUAAUCAUAAAGUACGGGUGAAUCUGCAAUAAACUAUUAGGGAGUGGUAGCUUUCUUAUUUUGAGCGAAAAGAUUCAAGUGAAUAAGUGCUAAUUUUAAUGAUAUUGGAAUUGGUAUCUUAGCAGCAGCAGCUUAUGUUCUUUACUUCGAUUCCUUAUUUCAUUCUAGGGUUUGGGUUUACAUUUCUUCUACACUAACCACUAGAGUGAAGUGACUGCAAUUUAUGGCUAACCAGUUGUACGGCUACAAAUCAACCUAUGCUUCAGCUGGAGGAGGUGGUGGGACCCCAACACCAUCCUCCUCUCUUCGUUAUCUGGUUGGGUCUUCCGAUUCCGAUCAAUCUAAGUUCACACUUUCCUCCAUUUAUAGCGAUGUAUUGAGGUACUCUUCUCAGCAGCGGACAUGGCCCCCUGGUGUUGACCCCAGCACCGACCACCUCUCUACUCCCGUCAAACGACCCUCUGAAGCGCUCUACCAUCAGACUCUUUUGGGUGCCCAUACCACUCUUGGGCAAAGUGAAGCUUGGUAUUCUACCAACUCUUUAGCCAAGCGCCCUAGAUUCCAGAGUACAAGUCAUUUACCUGUGUACCCACAGAGGCCAGGGGAGAAGGAUUGUGCCCACUAUAUGCAAACAAGAACCUGUAAAUAUGGUGAUACCUGCAAGUUUGACCAUCCUAUUUGGGUUCCUGAAGGUGGAAUCCCAGAUUGGAAAGAGGUUCCAAUUAUUGCUACGGGCGACUCCCUUCCUGAGAGACCAGGAGAGCCAGAUUGUCCUUACUUUCUGAAAACUCAAAGAUGCAAGUUUGGAUUGAAAUGCAAGUUUAAUCACCCAAAAGAAAAUUUGAUUACUUCAGUGGGUUCUUCAGGAAAUACCGACAUUUUUACCUUACCGGAUAGGCCUUCAGAGCCCCCUUGUGCUUUCUAUUUGAAGACUGGAACUUGUAAGUUUGGUGCAACUUGCAAAUUUCAUCAUCCAAAAGAUAUCCAAAUGCCAUCCACUGGACAAGAAAAUGGUAAUAUCAAGCAGAAUGAAUCAGUGGCUAAUGGAACAUCUGGAGAUCUAUAUGUGCCUGGGCCUCUUGUUUCUUAUGUCCCGGCAAUGUUACAUAACUCAAAAGGGCUUCCUAUUAGACUGGGAGAAGUGGAUUGCCCAUUCUACCUGAAAACUGGGAGUUGCAAAUAUGGUGCCACUUGCCGCUACAAUCAUCCUGACAGAAAUGCAAUCAGUCCUGCUGCUGCUGCAAUAGGGCAUCCUCUUAUAACCUCCCCAGCAGGUAGUCUGAACAUUGGUGUUGUUAAUCCAGCUGCUUCAAUAUAUCAAACUAUUGAUCCCAGAUUGGCUCAGCCGACGCUUGGAGUUGGCACAAGUAUCUAUCCUCAUCGCCCUGGACAGAUGGAAUGUGAUUACUACAUGAAGACUGGGGAAUGCAUGUAUGGGAAAAAAUGCAAGUUUCAUCACCCUAUUGAUCGGUCAGCACCAACACUAUCAGCAGCAAAGCAAGCUUCUCAAGAUAAUGUUAAGCUCACCCUUGCAGGAUUGCCUAGGCGAGAGGGCUCUGUUCAUUGUCCAUAUUAUAUGAAGACUGGAGCUUGCAAGUAUGGUGCAACAUGUAAGUUUGACCACCCACCGCCAGGAGAAGUGAUAGCAGCCAUGGCAGCGUCGCAAGGAACAUCUAGUGGGAAGUGAGGGGGGAUGAAAAGGAGGCUGAAACCACUCAAGCUGAGCAGUGAGGGCCUGAACAAGUAGUGGAAGUCAGUGAGGUGCUCCGGCGGCCGUGGUUUCUUUGGUUGUUCUUCUCCAGUUGUACUUACAGACCUACAUUCCCCAGAAUACAUGACUGGGGAUCACAUGUGAAUGUAACCCGGAUUUUGGAUGAUCUAUUGUCGAAGUUUUAGUAUUUAAUGUAAUUUUUUGCUUGCCUACGUUUUCAAUGUUUCAAUAGUAUUUGUAUUGAGAUGGGAUUUUGUUGGUCUCCUUUUGGAAGUCAAUGUAUUGGAAGUAACAGUAUUAUCAAUACAAUAAUAUGUUUGAUAUGACAUUUAUGAGAUUA